AUGGCCGCUGAGCACCCGCACAAUGAGGAGCUGCAAAUGAGGGGAAAGGCCUGGGCGGUCUCCGGGCUACGGGCCCGUGUCUCCCAGAGACCGGCCGCAGCCGCCUGCCCCGGCGGUAUUUUUGGCAUCACUAUUGUGCCGGGGCCUAUAAAGCGGCAGCUGUGGCGGUGGCACAGGGCGCUGUGCUCCUGGCUGCCCAGCAGGACAUGCCCCAGCGCUGCUCGGCCGCCUGAAGACCCCAGGAAGGAUGGAGGUGCCCAACACCAAGGCUGCCCAUUGCUCCAGCAGCUCCAGAGAGCUGCCUGCCUCUUGCUCCUGCUCCUGCUCUGCUCCCUGGCUGCUGCCCGGCAGAGUCUGCCCGAGUGCUGCCGGCAGAAGACCUGCUCCUGCCACAUCUAUGACCUCCUGCACGGCAUGGGCAACCACGCCGCCGGCAUCCUCACGCUGGGCAAGAGGAAGAGUGUCCCCCCGGCAUUCCAGAGCCGGCUCUACCGCCUGCUGCACAGCUCCGGCAACCACGCCGCGGGCAUCCUCACCAUGGGCAAGCGUGGGGAGCGCCCUGGCACCGCCUGCCACGAUGCACCGGGCUGCCCCAUGGGUGCAGGCACUGACACCAGCCCCAGGGACCAGUGCCAGGGACACUCGGGGAAGGACCUGAGCAAGAGCCAGGCCCAGGGAGCUGCUAAGAGCUUUUAUUGAGAGGGGUGGGGGCAGCGGGAACAGAGCGAGGACCCAUGGGGGGCAGACCCAGGGACACACGCCUGGAGCUCGGUGUAAAUAGCACUUUGACAUACCUCCUCCUGGCCUGGCCCAGCCUGCUCAGGGCACUGCAGGCACCGCCGGCCUUUUACAAUAAAUGAUAGCCCGAUGUUA